UUUUUCGCCCUUUCUCUCUCAAAAUUCAAACAGUGUAAUCCCAUCACACCAUUGAUGGCUAAAUCCCAUCUAAGAAGUUCUUGAUUUCAACAAACUCUAAUUUACUUUGAAAACUCAUCACUCAACUACUAACAUUCCCUUCAAUCUGUUGGUGUACGUACCCUCUUUACAACCUAAAAAAGAAACAACAAACAAUUAACAAGAAGAAAAAGAGCCGAUCGAACUUGCAAGUGUAAGUAAGUAAAUGGAACUUUUCCCAGCUGCCCAACCAGACUUAUCUCUACAAAUCAGCCCACCAAACACAAAACCCUCAUCAACAACAUCUUGGAGAACAUCAACACCACCACCAACAACAAGUGGUGCUCAUCACCAUGGUUUGGAUUUAGGGAAUUUUUGGAAUAUUAGAGCUUUCAACUCACAACAAAACCAUGCCUCAACCACAACACCACAAGUUGAACCCUCUUUCUGGCUUAACUCAACCCACCCUACACAUUCCAUUAAUAUUAAUAAUUACAAGCCUGAACUAACCAAUCAUCUCACCAACCAAAACCAACAUCACCUAGGGUUAAGAUCAGAUGAUGAUCACUUAGGGUUCUUAAGACCUAUAACAGGAGUACCUAUUUAUUACCAUACUAAUAAUAAUCCUUCUAAUAAUCUUAGCACUAUAUUAUCUCAUAAUAAUCCACAUCAUCUAUCUAAUUUACAAGAUUCUAAUUCUGCUAAUAGUAAUACUUCAAUUCAUUAUGUCAACAAUUUUAAUGCACAAUCAAGAUUAUUCUUGUCUUCUUCUUCUUCUUCUCCGAGGUUUCCGGUCAAGAGAAGCAUGAGGGCUCCACGGAUACGGUGGACUACAACCCUCCAUUCUCGCUUUGUUCAUGCUGUUGAGCUUUUGGGUGGCCAUGAAAGAGCAACACCAAAGUCAGUUCUUGAGCUAAUGGAUGUAAAAGAUCUCACAUUAGCACAUGUUAAAUCUCACUUACAGAUGUAUAGAACCAUUAAAACAACUGAUAGAGCGCCAACUUCUUCGGGGCAAUGGGAUAGUCAUGAAAAUGGAUCAUCGGGAGAUACUUGUAGUGAUGAUAUAUUGCAUGACAUUCAAAACCUAAAGAAGACUAAUAAUAAUCAGCCAUCGAUUGAAACCGCUGGAGGAAGCCCUAAGGUUUAUUCCCAAAAGGAUCAUGGAGUUUGGCGCAAUUCUUCAAGGGAAGAAGCUUGGAUGCUAGCAGCAGGCAAACAAAAAGAUUCUCAAGUAAAUUUACCAUCUCUUAAGAAGGAAACGAAUUCAAAAGGUAUGAACUAUGAGAGAUUAUCAGAAGUGAAAUUAUCAAAACUUUUACCCAUGAAACCCAAUCUAGAGUUCACUUUGGGAAGGCCACAGUAGUGACAUACAUACAUAUGUUGGUCAAUGGUCAUGAUGAUGAUACUUUACAUAUACUGAUUGUACUAUUCAUUACCAUAUCAUUAUGCAUGCUUUUUUGAAUAUAUGGUUAAUGGUGAAAAAGAUUGGUGAGGUCCCCACUAGAAAUCAGAAAAAAGGAGAAGAAAGGGGAAAAAGAAAGAACUAAAGACACAAGGAAACAAAAGGGAGGAGGUUGUAAAAAUUAAAGCAUGUUCUUCUUUUUCAAAUUUGUAAUUAAACAUAAUUUAAAUAUAUUAAAAAUAUAUAGUAAACA